AGUCGAAGUGUAUCGGAGAGUUUAUUAAGUUCAUUUGACCUCUAGGUUUUACAGUUUCCUUAAAAUUGUCCGCGCUAAACUCUCUCAUGUAGUCGGGAAAAGUGUAAAGUCAAAUGUCUUUAAAUACGAGACAACCCUUAAUGGAAGAUACCGCUGAUGCCACCUUAAAGAUUACACCAAAACGAAGAGGCGUAACUUUGUUAGCCUCAAAAAGAAGGACGCCUCAAUCAGGAUGUAAAAAAGUGCAUUCCAGUUUUAAAUCUCCAGUUCAGACCUCCAACACGGCGGCUUGUGCAAUGUGUCCGGAAGAAGAGAUUAAAGAACUACAGAUAGAACUGGCACAUCUUGAAUCAGAGAUUGCUGUGUUACAAAAUGAAGGCAUUGCAGAACAGGAACUAGAACAGCACAUUGACCUUCUUCAUGAGUACAAUGACAUCAAGGACAUUGGACAAACUCUUUUAGGCACACUGGCCAGCCUGCGUGGCGUGACCACACGUGACCUGUACGGCCACUUUGGCAUGGUGCUGGAGGACUGACUGUGGGUGAGAGGUCGGCGGGUCCAGGGCUGGACGUGUCAGAAGAAGCUGGGGACACGGUGACUGAGUUUAACUCUGAGAACACCAAUGAAGGAUAAAUUCUUUGCAGUACCUCUGUGUGAAAUGUCUUUCCUUUAGUCAAAUUCAAGCUUUUAGAAGUUUGUUUAAAAAAAAAUGUAGCUAUCAGUUAUUAGGUCCUGUUUGUUUCUAGCCCUGCUCAAAAUCAUGGGCUUUCACUUUAUUGCUGUGUUUUUUAGUUUGGUCCUUUACGUAAAGAAAGUGUCAUUUAUGUUGGAGGAAUUGUAGUAGUCAUUGAUUUGAUCCAGAGAACAAAAAUGAAAAGACAAUGCUGGUCUUCUCGCGGCUUAAGAAUUUUGCUUAGAAAAAACUACCUCCAUGCUACAUUGAGUGCAUUUAAGAAUGAGCACAUUGUGUGUUUCUUCCUGUUUGUAAAUAUUAAAUAUUUGGACUUGUUAGCUUUCAUCUUUGCACCUCAGACAUCAUUACACUGCAGUGUGAGAGACGGGGUGUGCAAAAGAAUAUCUGAAAACAGUCCUUUGCUACAGUUUGUCCAAAAAGUGUUGUUUUAAAACAUUUUUAAAAUGUUAAACUGCAGUUUAGUAGUUGAAUAGCUGAGUCCUCAUUUAUAGCUGAAAGUGUUUAACCCAGAUAAAGCUAUACAUCAGCAUACACCUUAUUGUUCAAUACUUAUUGUAAUAAAUUCCAUCUAAUCUAAAAGCAA